GCCGCCGCCGCAACCGCAGCCGCCCCAGCAGCCGUCGCCGCCGCCCCAGCAGCCGCCGCCGCCGCCGCAGCCGCCGCAGCAGCCGCCGCCGCAGCAGCCGCCGCCCCAGGCCCCCCCCAUGGAGCCCGAGGCCCCGGAUUCCCGCAAGAGGCCCCUCGAAACGCCGCCCGAGGUGGUCUGCACCAAGCGCAGCAACACGGGAGAGGAAGGCGAAUACUUCCUGAAGGUGCUGAUCCCCAGCUACGCCGCGGGCUCCAUCAUCGGCAAGGGCGGCCAGACCAUUGUACAGCUGCAGAAGGAGACCGGAGCCACCAUCAAACUCUCCAAGUCCAAAGACUUUUAUCCAGGAACGACAGAGCGAGUAUGCCUGGUGCAGGGCACGGCAGAGGCCCUGAACGCUGUGCACAGCUUUAUAGCCGAGAAGGUUCGAGAAAUCCCACAAGCAAUGACCAAGCCUGAAGUGGUCAACAUCCUUCAACCCCAAACCACGAUGAACCCCGACAGAGCUAAGCAGGCCAAGCUGAUCGUCCCCAACAGCACGGCGGGCCUGAUCAUCGGCAAAGGGGGCGCCACGGUGAAAGCCGUGAUGGAACAGUCGGGGGCCUGGGUGCAGCUGUCGCAGAAACCCGAGGGCAUCAACCUGCAGGAGCGCGUGGUGACGGUGAGCGGGGAGCCCGAGCAGGUGCACAAGGCCGUGAGCGCCAUCGUGCAGAAGGUGCAGGAAGACCCGCAGAGCAGCAGCUGCCUCAACAUCAGCUACGCCAACGUGGCGGGCCCCGUGGCCAACUCCAACCCCACCGGCUCGCCCUACGCCAGCCCCGCCGACGUGCUGCCCGCGGCCGCCGCCGCCUCUGCCGCCGCCGCCUCGGGCCUGCUGGGCCCCGCGGGCCUGGCCGGCGUGGGCGCCUUCCCCGCCGCGCUGCCCGCCUUCUCGGGCACCGACCUGCUGGCCAUCAGCACGGCGCUCAACACGCUGGCCAGCUACGGCUACAACACCAACUCCCUGGGCCUGGGCCUCAACUCGGCCGCCGCGUCGGGCGUCCUGGCCGCCGUGGCCGCCGGCGCCAACCCCGCGGCCGCCGCCGCCGCCAACCUGCUGGCGUCCUACGCGGGCGAGGCCGGGGCCGGGCCGGCGGGGGGCGCCGCGCCGCCGCCGCCGCCGCCCCCCGGGGCGCUGGGCUCCUUCGCGCUGGCCGCCGCGGCCAACGGCUACCUGGGCGCCGGGGCGGGCGGCGGCGCGGGCGGCGCGGGGGGCCCGCUGGUGGCCGCGGCGGCGGCGGCGGGCGCCGCGGGCGGCUUCCUGACGGCCGAGAAGCUGGCGGCCGAGAGCGCCAAGGAGCUGGUGGAGAUCGCGGUGCCUGAGAACCUGGUGGGAGCCAUCCUGGGCAAGGGGGGCAAGACGUUGGUGGAGUACCAGGAGCUGACGGGCGCGCGCAUCCAGAUCUCCAAGAAGGGCGAGUUCCUGCCCGGCACCCGGAACCGGCGGGUCACCAUCACCGGCAGCCCCGCGGCCACGCAAGCCGCUCAAUACCUCAUCAGCCAGCGGGUCACCUACGAGCAGGGAGUGCGGGCCUCAAACCCCCAGAAAGUGGGAUGAGGCCCCGGCGCGCGCGCCCCGCUCCCC